AUGGGAAUCAGGAAUUGGCUAUCUAGCGAUGACUAUAUGUUCGAAAUAAAAAAUAAUGAAAACCUGUUUGAAAAUAAAAAGCUAGAAUAUAAUGUAAAACCUGUAUGGAGUUUUAAAGGACACACAAACUCAGUUGAAGGAAUUCAUUUUGUUGAGAAAAAUCGAUUUGUAACAACUUCACAUGAUAAUACAAUUUCCUUAUGGAGUUUAGAAUAUAAAAAUAGAAUUAAAAAUAUAAAUUUGUAUAAUCCAAUAUUAUGCUCUAGUUAUAAUUCCAAAGAGAAAAAUUUAUGUGUAGGAACUACUAAUAAUAAUGAUAAUAUAUAUUUAAUAAAUAUAAAGCAAAUAGAAGAAGAACGAAUUGAAAAAAAAAAUCCCCAAAAAAAUAUAGGAGAAAAAAAAAGUAUAGAAGUGUAUUCAUCAAAUUGUGCAUCUAUAUUUUGUAUUAACUAUUUUGAUGACGAUAAAAUAAGUUAUGGAAGUAAAGAUGGUUGUAUAUGCUUAUUAGAUUUAAAUAACAAAAAAAAUAUUUAUAAAUAUGAAGAAAUAAAAGAAGAUUGUCAAAAUUUUUGUACAUAUAAUGAGAAUUUUAAAUUUCAUAUUUUUAGUACAUAUAAAGGAAAAGUAUUAUUUAUAGAUUCUAGACAACAAAAUAAUCCUAUAUAUAUAAAUGAAAAUUUACAUUCAAAAUAUUCAAUUAACACUAUAUUUAAUUGUAAUAACUAUAUAUAUACAGGGGGAUCAGAUUGCUUGAUAAAAAAGUUUGAUAUUAGAUGUCUUGAAAAAAGCCAUCCUAUUGAAAUAUAUGUUGGACAUACAUCGCCUAUACGCUCUUUAGCAUUUUCUAAAAAAUAUGGAAAUUUUUUUUGUUCUUCUUCAGAUAAUGGAUGUAUAAAAUUGUGGAAAAGCAAUAAAAGUUUUUCAUAUACAAAUAAAUAUGCUGCUUCAUUAAGUUGUAGUGCAUCUGUUUUUGAUGGUACUAGUAGAAUAAUAAGUGUAAAAAGCGAUGCAUCUAAAAUUCGAAAAGCUAGUAAAAAUUUUUUAGAGUUAAAUAAAAUAAAAGUAUCUAAUAAGGGUUCAAGCUCUAUUAUAUCUGAAGAUGAUAAUAAGAAAAUCUCAGAGUCGAUAAAACUGAUAAAUAAAAGUAGUAACUAUAAUAUAAGUACUAAUAAAAUUAUAGGAAGUGAGAAAAUUAAUAAAAAGGGAAUAGGAUCAGAUACAAAAAUAAAUACUGAUCAAUAUGUCCCUGUUAUCUCAAAACAUGAAUUAUUUAAUUCUGUAAAAAACAAACCAGAUGGUUUUAACAAAUCAUCAAGAAAUAGAAAUUUAAAAAGUGAAAAUAAAAUCGAGGAAACAAAUAGUAAUAAUAUAAAACCAGGAAAAAAAAAUAUAAAAUCUGAAAAUAAAUUAAAUAGCACCUCAUCUAUUAAUCCAACUAUUAUAUACAAAGUUAAUAAUUUUAACACAAAUAACAAAAUGGCAGAAAAAAAUUAUCUAAAUAUAUUAAAUGAUAACAAUAGAAAUAGUAUUAUUUCACCUAUAAAGACAAAUAAUAAUAUUUUAAAUUCGAAUUUUUUUUCGAAUGAAGCUUAUGCAUUUAAUAAUAGUCAAAAAACUAUAAAAAUAACAUACCCAAAUUUAUCUAUGUUAAAUCAUAAAAGUCGAGUUUCAUCAAUGGAAUGGAUUAACAAUUUUAUUUUAUCAACCUCUUGGGAUCAGACUGUUAAGUGUUGGGAUGUUCAAGAUUAUGUUACGAAACAAUAA